AAGACUUCUCCCAGCCUUGCUAUUGUGACUUUGUUUACUCCAUUCCUGCUUUGUUUAUUUGCUAAAAGCCUGCUCAGGUGUGUUUUAAAAAAAAUCUUAAAUCCUCUCACCUCCAACAGAAAACAGAGACCGAUCCACUUGAGUUUCGACAUCGACGCCUUCGACCCGUCUCUGGCUCCGGCCACAGGAACGCCGGUGAACGGAGGCUUGACCUACAGGGAGGGGAUCUACAUCACAGAGGAAAUCCACAACACAGGCCUGCUGUCAGCCAUGGACCUGGUGGAGGUGAACCCGACGCUCGGGGCGACUCGUGAGGCCGUGGAAGCGACCGCCUCUCUAGCGGUGGACAUCAUCGCGUCGUCUCUGGGUCAGACGAGAGAAGGCGCUCCGGUCUCCAUCCUCGAGAUCCCGUCUGUGAAGGACGACACGGAGCAGCUGCGUCUCUAGAACAGAGACGAACAAAAAGCUUUGGACUUUAUAUCAACACCGACCCCGUGAUCAUUCCACAAUCCUGACAACAAGACUGUAAAAAGACUGAAUCUAAACGUAGAGGUUUUGUUCCCUUUCGGAUGUUUAGUAAUGUUUUAUGAAGACAAACUAUUAUACAGAGGGCUUCACAGAUUGAGACGGAAGCCCUCGAGACACUGAUUGAUGGAAAUACUAUUAAUUUAAAGCAGCAAUACUAACUUAUGUGGGUAAUAAGUUAAGAGAGCAAACAGGUUCCUCGUAUUUAUUGUGUGUUUGGUUGAAAGAGAAUGAACCUGCCUCCGAGGUAUGAUAAACCAAGUUUCCCUUAGUUUGAGUCUGUUUUGUGCCAGUUACUAAAACCUAGUAAUGAUGUGUUUGCACUUUUGGACCAGCUGUGGUUACUGUAUUUUCUUUAGAGUUUACUUUUGUAUUUCCACAUUGAACCUACUAGUACACUUACUAUUAUUAGUGGGAACUGAUAUUUUAUGACUACGUGAGUAUUAAUUGGCUUGAAAAGUCCAAAAUGCAGCUUUGAUUCAAACGCUGGCAGAACAACACCACCUGAGCUCCAGAGCUUCACUUGAUGUUGCCACCAUUCGAAUUUGUUCUUGUAACAAAGAGUUUAUAUUUUGGUCUUCCAUAAAUGUUAUUACAUUUUUCGUGCAUGUGUCCAGGUGUCUUAUUUACUCGUUAUAUUUUACUAAACACAAAGCUAACUAAAGCUGAUGGGAAUGUCAUUAGCAUGCAAGUGUAUUUAUUCAAGUUGGACAAAUAAAACUUUGAAGAGUUUUUGCUAAA